AUGCAACUCCAACACCACCUCCGUGCUUGCGGCGAUCAGAUCGCCUCCAGUCCCUGCGCGCAAGGACCGGCGCAAUCCACGGACGGCCGCACCAAGCUGUCCUACACCCGCAACUCCUCCCCUCGCGGGCACAGCCAACACGGGCGCCAGGAUCUCCGCGAGUUGAUCGGCGACUUCAAGGCACUUGUCAAGAGGGCCGCGACCGCGGGAGAGAGCAAGGUGGCCAUACACCUGGAUCAGGUGCCCACUGCGGCAGGGAGCGGGCCGGUGGCGCGGCAGCUGGAACCGCCGGAGCGAGAGGAGGAGGUGCAGCUGCCGACGGGGCAUCCACAAGCAGAGCAGACGGAGGGGGAGCUACAGGGGCGGGUGCGACCUGUAAUGAGCUGCUCUGGCUCGCCUGCCCAGCUCUCUCCUCGCGCAUUGCAGCCGACACAACCCAUUGCACGUCCGCAAGCGUCAACGGCUGCACAUACGCACCGCCACCUCCACGCCCACGACCCCCCCUCCAACCACCACGACCGCCACGGUGGGAAUUCCAGUGCGCAGGGGGAUGCGGGCGCUGAGGAGAGUCACGGCGACGACACGCCGACUCACGCUCUGUCGGCCGAGACGGGGAGGGGUGACGGGAAUGGCGGCGUCCAGGCGACGGCGGACGGCGAGCAGGCUGGGACGCAGAUGCUAUCGGAGACAGCACCGCUGCCACCGCCCCCCCCCGCCCCUGCCGGAGUCAAGUCUGCGGUGGUGGCAGACGCCGGAGGGAACGCCAAUCCGUUGGCCGGAGGCGGCACAGAAGGCACACCGACAGCAGAAAGGGCGGGGCACACAGCAGCAGGGGAAUCAGUGGCUGGAGCAGAGGAGGUCGGCGCCGCAGGCACAGACGGAUUCCCCACAACCCCAGCAGGCGGGGGAGGCAUCACAACAGCGGGUGCGGCAGGCGCAGCAGCAAGCGCCGGUGCCGUCGCCACAGCAGGCACAGGGGGAGACUCCACAGCCAGAGCAGAUUUCACAUCCGUUGGGGCUAGAGUCGGCGGUCCGGCAGGCAGGGGAGCCGGCGCCGCAGCAGGCGCAGGAGCCGGCGCCUCCCCAGGCGCACGAGGUGGGGCCACAGCGGGCGCAGGAGGCGACGCGACAGGGGCAGGGCCCUGCGCACCAGCUGGCGCAGUAUGUAGUGACGCGGCCGACGCAGGCGCGGACACCUCAACGGACGGGGGUGUUGCCGCCAAUUUCGGAGGAGGGACCGGUCCGGCAGGGGGAGCCGAGGGCGGCUUUUCCACAGGAGUCGACAUUGGAGACGAGACAACCAGCGGGGCACUCACAGCUGACGCCACGACAAAGGGCCUUGGCGAAUACGAGAAAUCGGCCCCAAGUGACACAAGCAUCUCGACGCGGACGAGGCGCAGGACGGCAGACUACGGGAGGACGUGGCGGAGGGCCGGAGAACGCGUUCCAACAAGCUGCGCGGAGGGCUUUAACAAGGACUAA